CAAUGACGUCAUGCUGCAAUGCAAUAGCUUAGACGUCAUGUGGCUUCAUUUUAACAACAACAAAAAUUGAGACACUUCUCCGCUCUCCAAGCCUGUCCCGGUCGUCCUGCGUGGCAGCAAAUGCAAGCCCGGUUGCGGAGGUCGAGAGGUUCCAUCGAUUUCCACGAGAUGUGUUUUUUUUUUGUAUUUAUUUUUUUUACCAUUUUUAGGCCACGCGAUGUGAUUUUUUUUGUUUGACAAGAGUGUUGAGGUUAUUUUGUUAUUUGUUGCCACGUCGCCGACGCAGGUGGCAUCAUCAAAAACAUGCACUGAUAGACCGAUGUCUUAAGUGUUACAGGGGAAAUUAAAGAGGCACCUUCUUCGUACGCGCGUCCACCUUGGAAAUCGAAUCUGCUUGCCGGCAAACAUGGAACGUUGGGGUCGACGUAGCCUCAACGGUUCCAACCACACGCCAACGUUCGUCCAACGUUGCAUGUUCGCCGAGGCUCCUGUCCUCAAACCAGGAAGUCGCCUUGACCUCAUUGCGUCUCUAAGGAAACCAAAAUGUUAGCGAGCACCUAUAUUAAGAUCUGCACGGAGCUCGAGGGGAUGGCGUGGUCACCGGCAUGUCACCGCCACGCCUGACCACCUUUGUCUCCCACCGGUGCCGAGUUUACACAAAGUACCGCACCAGGUUACUCAUUUCAGGCUGAGUCAAUCUGGACGGGGGUUGGGGGCUUCAUCCAGCAGUGACUGAUCAUCACCUGACCAUCUCCUUCCUCCUGACAGCCACCGGGAUAUCUCUCGUGGCUCUGAAUACGUGGGGAGUUUGUUCCGCAAUUCUACGGCACUUUCGGCUGUAACUAUGGGGUGUUAACUUACCGAAUAGCAAUGUGUGCCUGGGCAAAAGGCUACUCCGCCUCUCCGCCAGUGAUUCACGAGUGACUGUUUAGUCACAAGUGUGAGUGGCUCUAUGGGCAUCUGCACCUUAUGAAUGGCAAUUAUUAUUAGAUUGCGCGACCGUGAGAAAUGGCAAUGGUGUAGGUAUUUUUUAUCCAGUAGUGGAUAGAUCAUGACUGUAUUCUUGGUUCUUUCGGUAAAGUCACGUAGAAGGGAAACAAUAAAAAUAUAAAACAAAGCAGUAAUCGGUACCAACCAAGGAAACACAACUCAAUUCAUACCGAUGGAUUUAUAUGGCGCAUAAAAGUUAAUAAUUUGAUAAACCACUCAUUUGAAGUAUUAAUCACGCAAGUAACUUUUCUUGGCCACAAUAAUUACUUGGAACCGCUAAAGUUGUGCGACCUCAGGUGGUACCGACCAGACAAAGUAUCUGAUCUGGGUUCUGGGAUUACUGUCGUGGAUUUAGCGGCCUCUGGUGGCAAUCAAAAUUGUACAGAAUUCCACGCGUGCACCUGUCAAUACUGAGUGCAAUUUUCGGCUUUGGGUGAAUUACAUUCGUCAACAUUACAUUUGUCAACAUCCAUGUUUCAGAUCCAUAAUGAGAAAUGUGUAACCAGUGUACACUAUUCCCUACUAUGACAUAUACAACAUAUCCGAGCCUGGGGUGCGUCUUAUAAUCCGGGAAGUACGCUGUGAACGAAUCUAAUGGAUAUGUAGAAUGGAUAUGGAUACAUUAAUGAUUCAUCGUUGCAUCCAUAAUGCCGCGUGAUCCACAGUGAGCUACCUUAAUUAAAUCAUAGAUCUUUCAUCAAACAUCCAGGUGAGUGUGAUCAUGUCGAGCAGCUUGAACGCAAAAUCACAAUAGGCACGACGCGCUCAAUUGAUUCAUUCAUUGAUUCACGAAUUACUUAAUUUUGUGACUGGCACGAAACUGGAUUGCCCGCCUCUAAAUAAGAAGGCAGUGGUGGGUGGGAGCGGAGCGGAUUUUUGUUUAGUUUUUCCCCCACUGCCCCCCCAGACAGUGAGGGCCGCCUCCGUCCCCUAGUGACUGCGUGUGACCUCGUGUGACCUCGUGUGACCCCGGGUAGAGCGGGUCCCUGAUGGCCGAGACGGCGAGGCGGGCCUCCGCGACCCUGGAGGUGGUGCUGGGAGUCACCGCGGGCCCUGCAGCCUUCGGGUGCGAUCCCACAUCGGGGAUCGUGGCCUACGCAGCUGGGUGCGUGGUGGUGCUGCUUGACCCCAGCACUGGCGAGCAGAGGCACAUCAUCAACCCGGCCAGGAAGCCCAUCACUGCCUUGGCAUUCUCUCCGGACGGUGCACACCUGGCCACGGGAGAGGCCGGUGCGGCCCCCUGCAUCUGCGUGUGGAGGCUGCUGCUGCAGGGCGAGUGGAGCAGUGCCGCGGUGCUGGGAGUCGGCCACCAGCACGGUGUGGCUUGCACCGCCUUCUCGCCCGACGGCCGCCUGCUUGUCUCCGUGGGCCGGCGCCACGACCAGGCCGUGAACCUAUGGGACUGGAAGAGCGGCCACCUGGUGGCCACCAACAAGGUGUCGAGUCACGUGCUGGCCCUGGCGUUCUCCUCGUGCGGCUCCCGCCUCGUCACGGCCGGCGUGCGCCACGUCAGGUUCUGGUGGCCCCCCAAAGGGGAUCAGGCGGCCAUCAACGGGGCACCCCUGCCGGGCCGUGCGGCGCUGCUGGGCCUGCAGCGGGAGGCUGUGUUUUGUGCGGUGGCCUGUGGGCAGGGGCCGGCCUGCCAGAACCUCACCUACUGCCUCACUCUCUCUGGCUGCCUGUGCGUCUUUGACGAGCAGAGGAUUUUGUGCCACUGCGUCGACCUGCAGGUGUCCGUGGCCAAGUGCUUGUGCGUGGACGAAGAGCUGGUGUUCUGUGGUGGCGCCAAUGGGCUGGUGGUGGGGCUGUGUGCCCGCAGCCUGCGGCCCGUAUGCACCCUACCUCGUCCGAGCCACCUGGAUGGCCUGAAAAGGCCGUGGCAAAGUGGGGAGCAGCAGCAGGACGAGCCGGCGCCGUGCGCCGUAGCCGUGUGCCGGGACGCCAGGCGCACCUGGCUGGGCUGCCUGUACGGGGACCGCAGCGUGUACGUGUGGGCCGAUGCGUCGCCGGGGCAGCCUGCACGGCCCCUGCACGCCGCUCACUACCACGCCGGCGGAGUGCGAGGCGUCGAGGUGAACCCGGAGCUGUGGGAUCUCGUGGGCCCUGUCUCCCCACCCCAGAGCUCGUUCCUCACCUGCUCAUCCGAUAGCACCGUGCGCAUGUGGGGCCCCGGACCUUCCAGCUACCCGGAGCUGCUCUGGGUGUUCUGCUCCGACGGCCUCCGUCCGGAUCAGCGUGGGACCUCCCAGGGCCGAGGCCGCGCGGGCGCUCGGUCGGUGGGGGGGGCGCCCCAGGGCCCCAAGCGGUGGAGUGACGCGGCAGGAGGCGGCGUGCGCUGCAUGCGCUUGCUGCCGGGGGAACACAGCCUGGCCCUGGGCGACCACGCCGGCAACAUCAGCAUCGUGGACCUGAAGAGCUGGGAGGAGACGCUGAUUCCCGGAGCUCACACGGCCGAGGUUCUGUGUCUCGACUACACCCGGUGCAAAGGAGGAGAGGGCUUGCUGGUGUCCGCCGGGAGAGACCGUGUGGUGCGCGUGUUCCGACUGGCGGAGCGGUGCGGAGGAGGAGGCGCCGGGAGUCCGCGCGCCGUGGCAGUGCUGGAGGAGCAUUCCUCGCCCGUGACGGCCGCGCGAUUCGCAGGGAGCGGUGACUCACUGCGCUUGCUGAGCUGCGGCCCGGACCGGUCACUCUACUUCCGAUCGGUGCACACGUGCGAGGACGGCCUGCGGUGUGCGGUGACGCGCCACGUGGUGGUGAAGGAGACUCCGGCUGACAUGGACGUGGACUCGAUGGGGCAUGUCGCCGUGCUGGGCUGCCUGGACCGCACGCUGCGGGUAUUCAGCCCCGUCGACGGCCGGCAGCGUCACUGCGUGAAGGGCUCCAGCGCGGACGAGGGGACGGUGCUCAAGGUACACGUGGCCCCGUCGGGCACACUGGCAGCGAGCAGCUGCUCUGACAAAUCGACGUCCAUUGUGGAUCUCGCUAGCGGCGCCUGCUUGGCCACCUUCCACGGCCACUCUGAGGUGGUGACCAGCAUGAAGUUCAGCAGCGAUUGCCAGCGCCUGAUGACAGCUGCUGGAGACAGCUGUGUGUUCGUCUGGCGCCUGGGCCCUGAGCUGGUGAUGCGGCUGGGUCAGAGAUCACCCGGUGUGCAGGAGGAGCAGACGUCCGGCCCGGUUCCACACGCCUUGCCUGCUGGCAUCGCUUGCAGCCGGAGGAAGCGCGGCUCCGACACCGUCUCGGGGCCAUUCAGCUCUCCGGAGGACACCCCCUUCUGCAUGGGGCCUGCCGGCCUAGGACCGGCUCGCCACGGCUCCACGGGGCUUGGUGAGAGUGGUGCAAGCCUGCCCAGCCACGCCGAUACGUCCGUCGCCUGGACGCUGGAGACGACGGGGACCACUCGGGUGUCCACCCGGAGAGUCGCCGCGGCACUCCCACCGUGCAACCUGAGUGUGGCUCUCGUCCGGCGGUCGUGUGGUGGCCUGCAAGCGGAAAUGUCUCGCGAUCACAUGAAGUCGGCUUCCUUGAAUGAUCUCCGUGCGAGAGGUGAGUCCCAUCAGCGGAAGAGCUUUGCGUCUGGAGCUAAAGGCAGGAGGGACAGUGACCUUAUUGCCAGAAGCCAGUCCGAGCUGACCCUGGCCAGCAGUGCAGAGGAACGGGUGCACAAACGGCAAUCCUACAUGGUGCCCACUGCCAGCUCGCAAGCCAAGGUGACGGACAAGACCUACAGCAUCGACAGAGGGCAUGCGGCUGCUGUCCUUGAGAGGAGCCUGGCCGGUACAGAAUAUCUCACGAGAGACGGGGAGGGUGGCCAAAAAGCUGAGGGGCAGGCGAACCACGCAGCUGCACACGAAGGCUUCUGGAAUGAUGGUGCAGGAGGCCAGUAUGACGUCCAUAAAGCGUCAAGCACACCGAUGGUGGCUGCUUGCAGAAAGCCGUAUGGCGGUUUCAAGCCUCUGGGACCUGAGAACCUCGUCUAUCUUGACGAGUGCAGGCGGCUAACUGAGGAGCUGGCUUCCAAGACGCACGCUGCUGUGCGCCUGUACCAGCAAACGCUGUUGCUGGGAAACGUGACGGAGGAGCGCCGCCGCUUGUCCACACUGCUCCGCGAGGGCCUGCGUCAGGUGGCCGCCGACCUCGGCGCAACUGGGUUCGCUCCCCGAACGCAGGGGACCUUGGAGCAGGACAUUCUGGCUCAGUCGCAGCCCGAUGCUGGGACCAGCGGUGCCCUUCCGGCCCGUGACCCUGACAUCGCCGCUAUUAUCCGGCAGCACUUUGAGCUCCUCCUGCAGCUGACACAAGAGAAGCUGCAUUGGAAGCACAGCUUGUAGGCCUCGGGAUGUGAGUGCACACUUGCAAACCCUCCCGAUGUUAGUGGUAGGCUGCCAAUUGUUUUUGCACUUUCACUGCAUGUUGAUUUUUCGCGACAAAACUUGGAUCAAGAUUUUUGUUUCUCUGAAUAUGAUAUUUUGUGAUAUGUUUAGCUUUGAAAAUCGGUAUGCAGUAAAUAAUGGGUUUGGACACCGGAAGCCCACUGCUUACGUCGGUAGGAUUGGUAAGUGUGUUUAAUAUAGGCCAUGUAAUUGAAUCUAUAUCUCGUCUCCUAGACAAUGCCAAUGACAACGGUGAUAUUACACAGCUGCACAAUUUAAGCAAUACAAAUGUUUUUUUUUUAAUGUGGAUAAUUACCUGACGACAGAACAAGGGCCAUUCAUGUCCCCUGCAGUCUUGUGAAAGUGAUGGCUCCACUCCACUAAUUGAGUGCAUCAGCGCUUCCUCUCUGGAGGUUGGUGGCCUUGGGUUGGUAGCGGAAAUUCCGAAUUGAUCAAGGGAGAGGGCCAGUUUGUCAUGGAACUGUUGCCCUUCCCACAAAGUGUUAUUCAUUUGAUCAAAUCCCAAGGAAAGAUGAGUUGAGUAAACCGCCCCUCCCCAAGGUUUGAACUUGAGAUCUUUCCAUAUGUUGUCGGUCCUGCCUGUAGAUCCCAAGCCACGUUUUUCCUGUGUGGGCCACGGGCUGGUCUGUGUAGGUGGCAUGAGCCGAGAUAUGACCCCUGUUGUCCCGGGUGGGGUUUGUGGUGGUUGGGGUAACGUAGACUUUGUACACGGUGUCUCGCCUGUGAUUUACUGCACUGCUUUUGUAAAUGGUGAAAACAAACAUGAAUUUAUGCUGUGAAUGGGAUCGCAUUCAUUUACAUUUCCUUUCCGUGUGUACACUGGGGUCCUUGCCGGUAAUGUGAAUCCUCGGUGUGUGUACAUGUCCGUGUGAAGUAAAGUACAAUUUUCUCAGUG